UCUACAAUAAGUAGAAGUCUUGUUGUUCGUUACAGCAGUAAAAGUGCUGAGCCUCCAUACAUUCAAGUAUCAGUAAAACCUGAUCAGUCUGAACCUGUUGCUGAUGAGAUGUCCCAUUCUUUAUCUAUUGAUGGUGUACAAACAUCAUCUGAUGCAUCUACUGUUCAAUGGAAUAUUGAAGUAUCUAAGAAUGACUUAUUAUCAACCACUCCUUCACCAAUUGUUCCAUCAGUUGUUGCUGCCACAUCAACUGAAAGAGUACGACCAGAAAUUAUUGCACCAGUUAUUCCAGAAGUUGCUUAUAGAGUGAUGUCAGAAUGUAUUUCAGGUUUCAAACACUGUGGGAUUGGUCUUCACUUUUUAGCAGAGAAGUUAUUAGAGAAGAAGAUAAUAAAUAAUAGACAAAAGAAGACAGCUACUGAUGAACGCAGUAGAUGUACAACUGAUGAGAGAAUGGAUCAGCUACUUGACAUUAUUAAAGACUCUGUACAACAAGAGGGAAAGGUUUUUGAGUAUAUUUUAGAAAUACUCAAAGAUGAAGAUACUAUACUAGCUAACAAACUGUAUGAUUAUAUGAUUAGUAAAUAUGAACAAUAUAAAUAAUAGCUUUUGUAUUUGCCAAAUAUUUAAUUAUAAUGUGCCUUUUUUAUUUUUGAUAAUUAUAAAAUCAAAGCCACCCAUUUUUUGAUGUAC